AUGGAUGGCCAGCCCCCCAACGCGCGGGGCUUGGGAGGAGGAACUUCGGCUGGAGAAGCCAAACCUGGGAGCGUGAGGAGCUGGGAAACGUCCUCUGUGGUUUUUGUGGAUUGGGAUGGACUCUGCUCCCGAAAUUCUGGUUGUGCCAUAGCCCCCCCCACGGUGAGGAUCGUGCACUCGGGGCUGGCCUGUAACAUCGAGGAGGAGCGAUACUCCGAGAGGGUCUACACCAUCCGCGAGGGAGAGACCCUGGAGCUCACCUGCCUGGUCACCGGCCACCCCCGGCCACAGAUCAGGUGGACGAAAACAGCGGGAAGUGCCUCGGACAGGUUCCAAGACUCGAGCGUGUUCAACGAGACCCUUCGGAUCUCCAACAUCCAGAGGCACCAGGGGGGCCGGUACUACUGCAAGGCCGAGAACGGCCUCGGCUCUCCCGCCAUCAAAUCCAUCCGGGUGGACGUCUACUAUUUGGAUGAUCCCAUAGUGACAGUCCACCAGAGCAUUGGGGAGGCCAAGGAGCAGUUUUACUAUGAGAAAACCGUGUUCCUCAGGUGCGUGGCCAACUCCAACCCGCCGGUGCGGUACAGCUGGCGCCGCGGGCAGGAGGUGCUGCUGCAGGGCUCUGACAAGGGAGUGGAGAUCUACGAGCCCUUCUUUACCCAGGGAGAAACAAAGAUCCUGAAGCUGAAGAACCUUCGCCCUCAGGACUACGCCAACUACAGCUGCAUCGCGUCCGUACGGAAUGUCUGCAGCAUCCCGGACAAGAUGGUCUCCUUCCGCCUCUCCAACAAGACAGCCCCGCCUUCCAUCAAGCUCCUGGUGGACGACCCCAUCGUGGUGAACCCGGGCGAGGCCAUCACCCUGGUGUGCGUGACCACGGGGGGGGAGCCGGGGCCCAGCCUCACCUGGGUCAGGAGUUCGGGGGCGCUGCCCGACAAGACGGUGCUCAACGGGGGCACCCUGACCAUCCCCGCCAUCGGCGCCGACGACGCCGGCACCUACAGCUGCAUCGCCAACAACAACGUCGGCAACCCCGCCAAGAAGUCCACCAACAUCAUCGUCAGAGCCUUAAAAAAAGGACGCUUUUGGAUCACCCCCGACCCCUACCACAAGGAUGACAACAUCCAGAUCGGGCGGGAGGUGAAGAUCUCGUGCCAGGUGGAGGCCAUCCCGCCCGAGGAGCUGACCUUCAGCUGGUUCAAGAACGGGCGGCCCCUGCGGAGCUCGGAGAGGAUGGUCAUCACCCAGACCGACCCCGACGUGUCCCCCGGCACCACCAACCUGGACAUCAUCGACCUCAAGUUCACCGAUUUUGGGACCUACACGUGCGUGGCCUCGCUCAAGGGAGGGGGGAUCUCCGACAUCAGCAUCGACGUCAACAUCUCCAGCAGCACCGAGCUGGGCACAGCUGUCAGAGCCAAGGGCUGUGGGGACGGGGGACAUCACCCAGCCCAGGCACCGCCCCACGUCCCUCAUGGCUCCCACCCUUCCAAAGGCCACACCCGCUUUCCCUGUGCUCCAAACCGCUUCCCAGCUUUCUCAGGCAAAGCCUACGCCCCCGAGUUCUACUACGACACCUACAACCCUCUGUGGCAGAACAGGCCCCGGGUGUAUUCCUACAGCCUGCAGUGGACACAGAUGAACCCCAACGCCGUGGAUCGGAUCCUCGCCUACCGCCUGGGCAUCCGCCAGGCUGGCCAACAGCGUUGGUGGGAGCAGGAAAUCACCGUGAAUGGCAACAUCCAGAAGGGAGAACUGAUCACCUACAACCUCACCGAGCUCAUCAAGCCCGAGGCCUACGAAGUCAGACUGACCCCCAUCACCAGAUUUGGGGAGGGGGACUCCACGAUUCGGGUCAUCAAAUACAGUGCUCCAGUGAAUCCUCACCUACGAGAGUUCCACUGUGGCUUCGAGGACGGGAAUAUUUGCCUUUUCACCCAAGACGACACGGAUAACUUUGACUGGACUAAACAAAGCACUGCCACGAGGGACACCAAGUACACCCCAAACACGGGGCCCAACGCAGACAGGACGGGCUCCAAGGAAGGUUUCUACAUGUACAUCGAGACGUCCCGGCCCAGGCUGGAGGGGGAGAAGGCCAGACUGGUCAGUCCCGUGUUCAGCGUCGCUCCCAAAAAUCCCUACGGAGCCACCAACACGGCCUAUUGCUUCAGCUUCUACUAUCACAUGUAUGGACAGCACAUAGGAAGCCUGAACGUUUACCUGAGGCUGAAAGGUCAGACUGCAAUAGAGAACCCCCUGUGGUCUUCGAGUGGGAAUAAAGGCCAGCACUGGAACCAAGCCCGAGUGAACAUCAACCCCCCCACCUCAUUCCAGCUCAUCUUUGAAGGGAUCCGUGGCCCUGGCAUCGAAGGGGACAUUGCCAUCGACGACGUGUCCAUUGUGGAAGGGGAGUGCAUGAAGUCAGACCAACCGGCCAACAGUAAGUGCUGCUUCUCCACACAAGGGGCAGAAAGGUCCUCAGGGGUUGAUUUAUCUUAG